GUUUUUAAGUUUCUUGUAGGAAACAAACUCUCACCAGAGAUUCAUCACACUUCCACAAACCUCAACCGACCAAAAGGUAAAAAAAAGUGAAAAAAACGCAAAAACAAGACAAUUCAGACGCAAGAAAGCAAAUCUGGAAUCACUGUCUGUGCUUUGUCCACCACUACACCCACCACAAAAACCCUAACCUCAAAAUCGUUCCUUUUUAUUAAACUAAAUUAAAAAAUUCCCAAAUCCCAUCCCUUCUUUCUCCCCUUUCCCACUCACUACAAUCACACUAACCCCACUUUCACUCUCUCUCUACACUCUCAAUAGUGUUAUCUGUCGCCUUCAAUUACGACUUUCCCUCCACCACUCCCUCUCUCUCUCUCUCUCUCUAGAUUUUUUCUAUAUAUAAAAAUUAGGGUUUUUUAUUAUUCGCUAUGAAUCAAACUAGUGCAGCGACUAAAGACUCUGAAGAAGGCGAGCCCUUGGCUCUGUCUAUGCCCCAAUCUCAAGAACUUCCAAUCGAAGACGAUAACAACGAAUCGGUCUCUGCUGAAGAAGAUCAAGAGGUUGUUCAAGAGGACAAGUUACCAUUUGAUCAACCAAUGGAGGAAGAUUCGGUUAGUCCCUCCACUGUUUUCACUAUCAGGCUUAAACAAUCCAAGUCCAAUUUGCAGCACAAGAUGAGUGUUCCUGAACUUUGUCGCAAUUUCAGUGCUGUUUCCUGGUGUGGAAAACUUAAUGCAGUAGCUUGUGCUGCCGAAACGUGUGCCAGAAUUCCAAGUUCAACAGCUAAUCCACCGUUUUGGAUCCCUAUACAUAUUGUGAUCCCAGAGAGGCCCACUGAAUGUGCGGUAUUCAAUGUCAUAGCAGAUUCUCCUCGCGAUUCAGUCCAGUUUAUAGAAUGGUCCCCCACCUCUUGUCCCCGGGCAUUACUGGUUGCAAAUUUCCAUGGGAGGGUCACUAUUUGGACUCAACCUUCUCAAGGUCCAGCUAAUCUUGUCCGUGAUGCUAGCUCUUGGCAGCGUGAGCAUGAGUGGCGGCAAGAUAUUGCAGUUGCUACAAAGUGGCUAUCAGGAGUGUCUCCGUAUAGGUGGCUAUCGUCCAAAUCGAGUGCUGCUACAAAUCCGAAGCUUACAUUUGAGGAAAAGUUUCUUUCACAGCAAUCUCAAACUUCAGCUAGAUGGCCAAAUUUUCUCUGCGUCUGUUCUGUGUUCUCAUCUGGCUCAGUUCAACUUCACUGGUCCCAGUGGCCUCCUAGUCAGAAUGGCUCAACACCGAGGUGGUUUUACACCAGUAAAGGACUUUUAGGUUGUGGGCCCAGUGGCAUUAUGGCUGGUGAUGCCAUCAUAACAGAUAGUGGUGCCAUGCAUGUUGCAGGUGUACCAAUUGUUAACCCGUCCACCAUCGUUGUCUGGGAGGUCACACCUGGUCCUGGAAGCUUCCAAGCAACUCCGAUGACAAGUAUCACACAUGGUGUCCCGCCACUUAUCCCACCCAACUGGGCUGGUUUUGCACCUUUAGCUGCAUAUUUAUUUUCUUGGCAAGACUAUCUAUUAUCUCAAGCAAAGCAAGGAAAUAAGCUGACAGACACAAACAUCAGCGAUGCUUUACUUCUAUACUGCUCACCAGUUUCAAAUUUUUCAGCAUAUGUGAGUCCUGAAGCUGCAGCUCAAUCUGCAGCAACCACUACAUGGGGUUCUGGUGUAACAGCAGUGGCCUUUGAUCCAACUUGUGCUGGUUCUGUGAUAGCUGUUGUGAUAGUUGAGGGACAGUACAUGUCUCCUUCUGAUCCGGAUGAAGGCCCUUCAAUUACAGGAUGGAGAGUGCAACGCUGGGAAUCGUCUUUACAACAUGUUGUUCUCCAUCCUAUAUUUGGGAGCCCUACCACUAGCAUGAGUGGACAACCUCCUAUGCAAACUGUUUGGCAAUCCAAAGUGAACCUGAGCAUACCUCCAACAAAUGAUUUCAAGAACCAUCAAUCGCCUGCUAUUGGAAUCGCUACUGAUGUGCAAAAGGCAUCUGAACCUAUUCCGGAUAAAUCAAAGCGGGUCAGUUUUGAUCCAUUUGAUCUUCCAAGUGAUGUUAGGACACUUGCGCGAAUUGUUUACUCUGCUCAUGGUGGUGAAAUUGCGAUUGCUUUCCUUCGGGGUGGCGUCCAUAUCUUCUCUGGUCCAAAUUUCACACCUGUAGACAACUAUCAAAUUGCAGUUGGAUCUGCAAUUGCUGCUCCUGCUUUUUCAUCAACAAGCUGCUGUUCAGCUUCUGUUUGGCAUGAUAUUAGUAAUAAUUAUACAAUAUUGAAAAUAAUUCGGGUUCUUCCUCCUCCCAUUCCUGUUAGUCAAGUAAAGGCCAACUCAUCAACUUGGGAGCGUGCAAUUGCUGAAAGGUUUUGGUGGAGCCUAUUGGUUGGAGUUGAUUGGUGGGAUGCUGUCGGCUGCACCCAGAGUGCUGCUGAGGAUGGUAUCGUUUCACUUAACAGCGUCAUUGCGGUUUUGGAUGCGGAUUUCCAUUCUCUUCCUUCUGUGCAGCACAGGCAACAAUAUGGUCCUAGUCUUGACAGGAUAAAGUGUAGGCUAUUGGAAGGUUCAAAUGCCCAAGAGGUCAGGGCCAUGGUUCUAGAUAUGCAAGCCAGGUUGUUGUUGGAUAUGCUCGGGAGAGGGAUUGAGUCUGCAUUAAUAAAUUCUUCAGCAUUAGUGCCGGAGCUUUGGCAAGCAUCUAGCGAAACAUUAUCCAACAUUGACCCUGAAACAAUGGCUGUCGAGCCUGCGUUAAUUCCUUCCGUUCAGGCUUAUGUUGAUUCGGUUCUUGAUUUAGCUUCACACUUUAUUACCCGUCUGCGACGUUAUGCAAGCUUCUGUCGCACAUUGGCUAGUCAUGCUGUGACUGCAGGCACUGGAAGCAACCGCAGCAUGGUUGCCAGUCCUACCCAAAGUUCAGCGACUCCUGCAACAAGUCAGGGAGGUCAAAAUGGCGGCACCAGCUCUAUGGGAAGCACACAGUUGCAAACCUGGGUACAGGGGGCUAUUGCCAAGAUUAGCAACACAACUGACGGAGGGUCAAACCCAACUCCUAAUCCCAUCAGCGGCCCUUCAUCAUUUAUGCCUAUUAGCAUUAAUACAGGAACAUUUCCUGGAACACCUGCAGUUAGACUUAUUGGGGACUGUCAUUUCCUUCACAGACUGUGCCAACUUUUGCUCUUCUGCUUUUUCUUUCGACGAACACUACUUCCUCGCUAUAUAGGGUCUGCAAAUAGAACUACCGAUACAACCGUACAGAAGUCUAAUGCUCCUGCUUCUGGCAAAGUGGAGGAGAUUGCAAAGCCAGUUUCAACCGUGGCCAAGACUGAAGACGGUCUGAUGGGACGAUCUGGUCAGCUUAUGUCUGGGCCAAAAGGAAGUGAAGAAGCACCCUCUGGACGUUCAAGAUUGGGUAGUGGAAAUGCUGGCCAAGGAUAUAUGUUUGAAGAGGUCAAGGUGCUUUUUAUGAUGCUUAUGGAACUAUGUCGCCGAACAGCUGGGCUGCAACACCCAUUGCCAGUAUCUCAGGUAGGGAGCAGCAAUAUUCAAGUUAGGCUACAUUAUAUUGAUGGGAACUAUACUGUACUGCCUGAGGUUGUGGAGGCAUCCCUUGGUCCACAUAUGCAGAAUAUGCCCCGUCCUAGAGGUGCAGAUGCUGCUGGUCUUCUACUACGCGAGCUAGAACUUCACCCUCCAGCAGAAGAGUGGCAUAGGCGGAAUAUGUUUGGUGGACCAUGGUCUGAUCCUGAGGAUGUGGAUUGUGCAAAUGAUCAACCUAAAGUUGUUUGUUCUGAUCCGCUUGAUUUCAGCUCAACGGAGCAUUGUGAUGCCUACUAUGGAACCCAUCACUUAUGGCCAAGGAAGCGCAGGCUGUCUGAAAGGGAUGCAGCUUUUGGGUUGAACACUUCUGUGGGCUUGGGUGCUUAUCUUGGUAUAAUGGGAUCUCGAAGAGAUGUUGUUACUGCAACUUGGAAAACUGGCCUUGAAGGGGUCUGGUAUAAGUGCAUAAGAUGUCAGCGGCAGACUUCUGCUUUUGCUUCUCCCAGUUCUACUACAUCUCCUGGUCAAAGUGACAGGGAAUUCUGGUGGAUCAGCCGAUGGGCAUAUGGCUGCCCAAUGUGUGGUGGAACAUGGGUUCGAGUUGUAUAGAUAACUUCAUUAUGGCAUUUUUAUAUUAAGUUUCAUGUUUCGGAAAUUGGAGGCUUGCAAAUAUUUGUGGCUAACUAUGAAAGCAUACUCAUGGAAUGCUGACUGGAUUUGUACAGAAGAGUUUUAGGUUUGCCUGACAAGUUGGUUUUCUGUAUAUAUUUCUGUUGAAGGUGGCCGGCCAUCCUAUUUUGGAUUUGAAUGUAGAAGCAAUGUGUACCUGCUUUUUCAUGCAUGCUGAUGUAGGGGAGCUUUUACUGAUAUGAUUAUCAAGAGGUUGCUACAGGUGAAUUAGAGUUUUAGGGCCUAAGUAAGUUGUCACUUAACAAUCCCUGAGAAUGAGAAGGUUCUACAUGAAUUUUAUGGAACUGCCUUGUAUCUUACUGCAGUAUGUAUAGACACAUCGAUGUACCCUGUUCAAUAGAGUAGCUUGUUCAACAGAAACGGUGUAAUUAUUAGCUUAGUUUUGCAGUAGUACAUUAACUGCAGUGACCAAUAUGUUUUUUUUUUCAUCAGGUCUAUUGCACAAUCAAAUUGGAAUUGGUUCUA